AUGUCUGUUCGGAUUAGCAGUUAUGCCACGUCACUUCAGGAAUGUGCAAUUAAACAACCUGUUUACUUUGACAGUUUGACUCUGAACACCGAUCAUGGGGAUAUCUUACUGGAUUAUUCCAAGAACCUUGUGACAGAAGAAGUGAUGAAAAUGCUGAUGGAACUGGCGAAGUCAAGGGGUGUGGAGAGUGCCAGGGAGCGCAUGUUCAGCGGGGAGAAGAUCAACUUCACUGAGAACCGAGCUGUGCUUCAUAUUGCGCUGAGAAACCGUUCCAAUGCGCCAAUACUUGUCGAUGGGAAGGAUGUUGUUCCAGAAGUAAACAAAGUGUUGGACAAAAUGAAACACUUCUGCCAGAGAGUCCGUAGCGGUGAAUGGAAAGGCUACACUGGGAAGGCAAUCACUGAUGUGGUCAAUAUUGGGAUUGGUGGCUCUGACUUGGGCCCUCUGAUGGUAACUGAAGCCCUGAAACCAUAUUCCAAGGGAGGCCCUCGUGUUUGGUUUGUGUCCAACAUCGAUGGUACUCACAUAGCCAAAACCCUGGCUGAGCUCAAACCAGACACUACGCUCUUCAUCAUUGCAUCAAAGACUUUCACCACCCAAGAAACCAUCACCAAUGCAGAAACAGCCAAAGAGUGGUUCUUGCAUGCUGCUAAAGAUCCUUCAGCUGUGGCCAAGCAUUUUGUUGCCUUGUCUACCAAUGGUCCUAAAGUUAAAGACUUUGGAAUUGACCCAGAGAACAUGUUUGAGUUCUGGGAUUGGGUUGGUGGCCGCUACUCUCUGUGGUCUGCCAUUGGUCUCUCCAUUGCCCUGCAUAUCGGUUUUGACAACUUUGAGAACCUGCUUGCAGGAGCCCACUGGAUGGAUAAUCACUUCCGCACGGCCCCGCUGGAGAAGAACGUGCCUGUUCUGUUGGCCAUGCUGGGGGUCUGGUAUAUAAACUGCUACGGGUGUGAGACCCAUGCCCUUCUGCCCUAUGACCAGUACAUGCACCGCUUCGCUGCCUACUUCCAGCAGGGGGAUAUGGAGUCUAAUGGCAAGUACAUCACCAAGAAAGGCUCUCGGGUGGACUACAGCACCUGCCCCAUUGUGUGGGGAGAGCCGGGCACCAACGGGCAGCAUGCUUUUUACCAGCUCAUUCAUCAAGGAACUCGCAUGAUUCCCUGUGACUUUCUGAUCCCAGUCCAGACCCAGCACCCAAUCAGAAAUGGUUUGCAUCACAAGAUCCUUUUGGCCAACUUCCUUGCCCAGACCGAGGCCUUGAUGAAAGGGAAGACUGCUGAUGAGGCUCGCAAGGAACUUCAAGCGGCAGGACUGAGCGGAGAUGCUCUGGAGAAGCUCCUUCCCCACAAGGUCUUUGAGGGAAAUCGACCAACCAAUUCCAUCAUGUUUACAAAACUCAACCCGUUCACUCUGGGAGCCAUCAUUGCCAUGUAUGAGCACAAGAUAUUUGUUCAAGGAGUUGUCUGGGAUAUUAACAGUUAUGACCAGUGGGGAGUUGAGCUUGGGAAACAACUUGCCAAGAAAAUUGAGCCUGAACUGGAGUCAGAUGCUCCAGUGACAUCUCACGAUAGCUCGACAAACGGGCUCAUCAACUUCAUCAAAAAACACAGAGCCUGAAAGGAGAGAUUUGGAAGACACCGACAAUCUAACCACCGGAUACCCAAAUCUGUUGUAGUUGUGCUUUUUUUUUUUAGCCACAUCUAACAAAAGUAGCACUUUACAGAAGUAGCUUCUUCACUUGUUGCAGUUAAUCUUGUUGCGUCAAGUGUUACAAAUGAAAACUAGUUUUGUGAAACCCAGAGAUUGUAUAGUCGCUUUCUAUUUUUGUGGCUGUUUUAUCUGUAAAGUGCAGCUGGUACGUUCCCCGGUUCUUACCCCUCGACUUCCCUAAAGAUGAUCCACGUAACUGAUAUUAGACAAUAAAAGGUAUGAUGGAUGAGUAAAACUUCUUCCCUCUAUCUUCAAAGCGCAGACCCAGUGCCCGUUGCCUGGCUGGCUCUCUAAGGCCCUCUGAGGCCAAGUGAACGAGCUUCUGCCCCUUUGGACUGGCUCUGCCCAAAGCUGGAAAGGAGAAUGUGUUCAGAGAAUCAAAGCUGCGGCUGUAGAUUGUUCAGAUUGCAUGCUUUAAUGCAUUUGAGCAAGAUAACGGCUUUUUUCAAUGCUGCUGUGAAAAGGGAAGUUUACUAAUGUUUGGUAGAAGCUCUCUCUGGCUUUGUCCCUCAGCUGUGGCAGCCCUGUGUGCACAGCUAUGCAAAAAGGAAGGUGGUUCCUGGAGUGACAGGGUUAUCUUAAUUUUCCAAACAGUUCUCAAGAGUUUGUGAAGCAUGAGCUUGGGAUACUUGCAGAAGAAAUGUAAGUUUGGUCUCCUCCAGAGGCAGUUUCUCUCCUCUGAAGCAGGCAUCACUGUUCCAACAACAAAAAAAUGAAUAGAGAACACGGUAACUGUUUGUAAAGGAGUCACUUAUCUGCUUUCCUUCUCUACCACUGUUAACCCUCUCUGCUAACAGACUAGCAUGCUGUGGCUGUUGUUCUGUAACACCUUUAAUAAAGGUAAGGCACAAGCAUUGAAAGGAAAAA